UUGGAUAUUGCUCAAAAAGAUACCUGCCUUUUUGAAAGAGCAGAACCAAGCAAAUCCGUGAGCUGGAGAAAAAAGGUGUUAUAUUCAAUUAAUGCUAGCGACUGUCCUUUCGUUCAUAGCAUCCCAAACAAUGCAUUGCUUGUGCAAAACCGCACAGGUAAAUGCCUGCCAAUACUAUCGAAAUCCUUGCUAUCAAGUCAGUAUCUGAUGUACAUCGAGCGGGCAUUGAAAUGAUGCCCCCCCCACAUAUGCGGUAAUCCAGGACAAUCGGUUGAGCUGCAUAUAUGCAAGCCCAUCCACAAAAACUGUUCAGAUCUGAUCAAAUCAGAUCAUAAUUGUAGUCUUUGAAGAGAUUUGUGAGGCAGGCACCACACCGAAAACAUGAACGAGGAUGGAAAUAGUGAACGAUAUAGUGGGCGCUCUCCAUCGUUUACCAUUCGGUGAUCUGAGUGCUCUUCUGCUCAAAAGUCUGGCCGAACCCGCGAAUGCAUCCAGCGAGUUUCGAAACGCAAUUUCGCUCUUCGUGGCUUGAUGGGCGCACGUGAUUCUCACUGGAUUGCAUUUGGGCAAACCGCGUGUUGACGUCAGUUCUCCAUCUUUCCAACUCCUUCUGUACCUUAACGGCAACGAAACAUCUUUUGCCUGCUGCUUCUUGAGUUUGGGAUAUUUCAAUUUCAGCAGUCUUGACAGCCUUUUUACAUUUGCGAGUGUGCUAUUUCGUUUUCAAGAGAUAGACGAGACAAGCACCCUUUCCUUCCCUUAUUCAAGAGCGGCAGGGUCCAGUGCACCGACUAUAAACAUACUGGAACUUUGCCAAGUACGCUUAAACAAGUACCACAUUCUUGGUGAAACCAAUGAUGGCUGCAUCCGACAAAUCUCCAUCUUCACCCGUCUCGGCGUCAGGAGAAAUGUCGCGCCUUAUUGUUGUGUCAAACCGUCUGCCUGUGACGAUUACCAAGAAGGAUGAAGGAUGGAAUUUUGCGAUGAGCUCUGGUGGUCUGGUUUCAGCAUUAUCUGGUCUGAAGAAGGAGAUGAAGUUUACGUGGAUUGGAUGGCCCGGUCUUGAUGUUAUCCGUGAUCAACAGGAUAGUAUGAAGAAACAACUCAUUGAGCAACAUUCAUGCGUACCUGUGUUUGUCAGUGAUGAAUUGGCCGAUAUGCACUACAACGGCUUCUCUAACAGUAUCUUGUGGCCUCUUUUCCAUUACCAUCCCGGGGAAAUAAACUUUAACGAAGAUCACUGGGAUGCCUAUCAAAAGGUCAACCGCGCAUUUGCGGACGCAGUGGCGGACAUGGUCGAGGAUGGCGACAUUAUAUGGGUGCAGGACUACCAUCUAAUGUUGUUGCCAACGAUGUUGCGAGAGCAACUCAUUGAAAAGAGGCGCAAAAAUGUGAAGAUUGGGUUUUUCCUACAUACGCCUUUUCCGUCCAGCGAGAUCUACCGAAUCUUACCAGUGCGGAAGCAAAUCCUUCUUGGAGUCCUCAACUGUGACUUGAUUGGAUUCCAUACAUACGAUUAUGCACGGCAUUUCCUCAGCUCUUGCACGCGUAUUCUUGGACUGCAUACCAUGCCAAAUGGCGUAGAGUUUGAGGGCCGCGUAGUACAUGUGGGGACUUUUCCUAUCGGAAUUGACACGGAAAAAUUUGCGCAGGGACUACAAACUGAGCAUAUCCAAUCACGGAUCAAGCGACUUCAGGAAAAAUUCAAGGGCGUAAAGCUGAUUGUAGGAGUUGAUCGAUUGGAUUACAUCAAAGGGGUUCCUCAAAAGUUGCAUGCACUCGAACUGUUCUUAUCAAAGCAUCCCGAGUGGAUUGAAAAGGUCGUUCUUGUGCAGGUAGCGGUUCCUUCACGGCAGGAUGUCGAAGAAUACCAGCAUCUGCAAAGAGUGGUGAACGAACUCGUUGGACGAAUCAAUGGCCGUUUUGGAACUGUUGAAUACGCUCCCAUACACUUUAUGCACAAGUCUGUUCCGUUUGACGAGUUGGUAUCGUUGUACGCAGUGGCGGAUGCAUGUCUUGUAUCAUCGACAAGAGAUGGCAUGAACUUGGUAUCUUACGAAUACAUCGUGUCGCAGCAGGACCGACAUGGUGUGCUCAUUCUAAGUGAGUUUGCCGGAGCGGCGCAAUCCUUGAACGGCUCAAUCAUUGUGAACCCAUGGAACACUGAGGAGUUGGCUCAAGCUAUCCAUGAUGCUGUGACAAUGCCAGAUGAUGUGCGAAAGGCAAAUCAUCAAAAGCUAUAUCGCUACGUUACAAAGUAUACGGCGGCCUACUGGGGGUUGACGUUCGUCAAGGAAUUACAGCGUGUUUCCGAGCAGUAUGAUCCUCAAAAGUUGCCGAAGCUACCAUUCGAUGUGGUGCUAUCGCGAUUCAGCAAAUCGCAAAAGAAAAAGAUCAUCUUUCUCGAUUAUGACGGAACUCUCACCACUACGCACAAGCUUCCAGAGUUUGCCAAACCUUCUUCUGCAGUACUCGACGCACUCAAGCGCUUAUCAUCGCGGCCAGAUGUAUUUGUGUAUAUUCUAUCUGGGCGCUCUCGCAUGCAUUUGGACCUAUGGUUCUCGGAAACAGGAGUAGGACUUUCAGCUGAGCAUGGUUGCUUCUACCGUCAUCCUCAAAAACUUGGAGAGGCUUUCGGGGACCCCGAGGCUGAUGUGGAUGAAGGGUUCAAUGAGAUCCCAGCUGAAGAGAGCGACACGGCUGCCGGUACGUCUGAUUCCAGUGGAAAGCCUACCAGCAAGGGAGUUGAAAUCUUUCGACGACGGGCAAACAAUGGGUGGCUCGCAUUGGUGGACCAAGUAGACUCGUCAUGGCGCGACACAAUCCGGCCAUUGUUCCAACACUACACGGAACGCACACCAGGGAGUUUCAUUGAAGAGAAGGAGAUUAAUCUCACAUGGCACUACAGAAACGCUGAUCCCGAGUUUGGCAGCUGGCAGUCUGCAGAGUUGCAAGUUAAUCUUGAAAAGAUAUUGUCUCACAUGGCUGUCUCGAUUAUCUUGGGAAAUAAAACCCUUGAAUUGCGUCCGUCUAUGGUGGACAAGGCGACGGCAGCAAGGGCAAUCCUCAAAGAUCUCGGAGCUCCAAAAGAUACGGAUUACUGCCUCUGUGUGGGAGAUGGGAAAACAGAUGAAGUGGUCUUCCAGUUCCUUCAGCAUGAAUUUGAGGGUAACGACUCUCUGAUCACGGCAACGGUUGGCAAGAAACAGACUGAGGCUGCAUAUUAUGUGGAAACUGUAAAGGAAGUUGAAAAGCUGAUUAGUAAUAUGGCUAAUAUGGAGUAGGGUCUUGAAUAUAGUCUAAACCCGACGAAUGUCAGCAGAACAUGUAGAAAGAUUUGUAUAUUUACGUACUUGUGAAAUAUAUGGAGGGACUCUAGGAGGGCUCAAUUCGAGAUUGUCAAUUAUUAAGGA